UGACCGCGUCUAGGCAACUCCGCGUCUAUGGCCGGGCGCAUGGUGGUCCUUUAACCUAAAUAUGCGCGCCCGAUGCAUCGGACAUAAUUCACGAUAACUGUCUAUUUUUGCGGUAGCGCAGCUUCUCCCUCGCACCCGGACGCAACAUUAAUGACGAUGCUGCAGUUCAGCGCGAUGCUGUACACGACGACCGCCAGGCUCGCGCCCCGCACGUCCUGGCGCUUCGCCGCGCUCGCGGCCUGCAACUCCACCGCGGCUACCGGCGAGCAGCCCGCGCCUGUGAACGAGGACAACGGUGCUAAGCUCUCAAAAGUGCAGGCGGAAGUCGUGCAGAAGCAAGAGGAGCGGAAAUCCAAGAACACGGGUCCGCGGACGACGCCUCACGCGACGGAGGGAAGGAACGGUAGGAAGAGGCUGUUGGGUGAGAACACUGUGUUUUCCAAACAGUUUCAAGCCGCCAAGUCCGUAAACGACUUGCUGGACCUGGCAGUACUGCCAAGUCUUACCACGAGUAACGCGCUGAGGCUGAUAUCAAGCAUAACUAAUCAGAUAACCAGCGGGAAAUCGUUGAUAAUGGAUAUCGAGGCUGACGAGAGAUUUAUUCACCUCAGGAAGAUAGUUCAGAACAGCGGUGAGACGAAAACUCACGAGACAUUGGACAGUCUGUCAAAAUACUCUCAGUUAUCUACACCUGCGAUGAUCGCAGUGAUAGCGUCGUUGAGAGAACAAAAAAAGAGAAAUACUCCACUAUUGAAGAUGCUGUCGUACAAUAUCGUCAAAUACAAUACGGCGUUAGAUUUGAAGCAGUGCACAUCUUUGUUGUACAGCAUGGCCAUGCUUAAUUUUCUAGACAAGGUCUUGCUAGAAAAAAUCACGUCCGACUUACUGGCGUGUAUACCGGAGAACAAGUCCGCUGCUUUAAACAAAUCCAUAAUAACGUCGCUGGGAUUUCUGCGUUACAAGAAUGUGAGUGUGCUCGAUGCAUUCUGCGACACGUUCUUCGAGAAAUCGAUGGACUACAAGUUUAUGGAUUAUUCGUCGAUACUACAAACGUUUGCGGCUCUGCAAUAUAAAUCUCAGAAAGCGAAUUCGUUUCUCGAGGGAUUUACAAAACACGCUAGCUCCUCUAAAACGUCUUGCAUCGAAUGGUUGGAUAUUGUUUGGUCCUUGGCGGUUUUAAACGCAGUGCAACCGGCACACGUAAAAUCCGUGCUGCAGCCUGCAUUUAUAGAAAACUUACGCACCUCUGACCAGCUAAAUAUAUCAAAGAUAUUAAAAUUGUUGAAUAUCAACGCCGUUGCACAGUUUGUACUGAAGGAUUAUCAAGGACCUCUUUUGAAGGAAGACUCCGAAUUUUAUAAUGUACCUAUAGUUAGAUCAAAGGAAAAAGAAAUGUACAUAAACGCGUUGUUGGAAGCACUGACGGAGGUAUUACCGUCUUCGUCUUAUUUUAAAACAAAUUUCGAUACGAACAUGGGCUUUCUGUUAGAUGCGGAAUAUCGCAUAAAUGAAGAACACAGGCUUGUAAAAGUGGAAGAUUGGAAUGAACAGUCUAGUAAUGUACAAAGGAUAGCAAUAAUGGUACACGAUUACCAUGAUUUUUGCCUAGGACAGAACGAUCUCGUAGGAUCGACAUAUUUAUAUACACAAUUAUUAAAAGCCAGAGGAUACGACCUCGUAUCAAUUUCUUAUGAAAACUUCAGUGUACAGGACAACGUAAAAAAACGGGCCAACUACUUGAGGCAGUGUAUGAACAGCAUACAGGAAGAUGAGUCAGUAAACCAAACAGAAUUAUUAUAGUGCAGUAUUGGUUUAGUCCAAUAAAAUCUAAAUAAAUAUUUAAAAAGAAUGUAUAGAGGCGCUUUCAUUAUUCCUUAUAUGUAUAUUGCAAAAAUUAAAAUUAAAUGGUGUUGCUUAGU